UUCCUGUAGUUAAACAAUCCCUACUUACAGCAUGGACAUGGUAACAGGUAAUAGCAGGACAAGCUUAUCAGUGAAGCAAAGCUAGUAAAGGCUAGCUUGUGGUGUUUGUGUAGUAUUUAAACAGGAAUUAAAUAUGUUGAAAUAGGUGUUCCUAGGAGGUUUGCUUACGGGCUAGGUGAAGUGAAACUGUAGGCCUGGAGCUCUUCGCAGAACUUUAAAUGCACUGUGCCAAUUAAGCUUAUAGUAAACUUCGGCUAAUUAACUUAGGAAAAUUGGGAGCUGGAUUUAGCCUAGCAAAUGGGACCAGGCGUCCGUGAGAGACUUGCAUUGGAGCAGCCUGUGUUGCUACAGCUUUGCUGCUGUUGUAGGUAUUGAAAUUGGCUAGACCCGGUCUGCUCCUUCUGGUGCUUUUAUGUGGGUGUACUACCGAGCUGACUGAAAAACAUUUACGUUUUCUUGCCUCUUGUGCCAUGAUCCUACCUGCAGAUGUAAGAAUGACGGGACAGAUGUCAUGCACCCAUUGGGAAGCGUACCUUUGAGUGUGAGGUACAAUCCUUCAGUGCUAAAUCAGGAGAUUAGGUAUUACAGAACUUUCACUCUGUAUUUAACUGUUUCUGAAUCUUGUGACAGUAAAUUAUAUCACUAGCAUGUCUUUUGGAGGUUCUAUCUAUUGCAUUUGCAGAGACCUAUACUGUAAGCAUAUUUCUUGAUAAUCCUGGAUCAAAAAGUAUUACAGGCACUUCUGGCUGCCUAUUGGGUGGAACAGAAACACUUUAGGAGCAAACAAGCUAAUGUACCAGUUUGUGUUUAGUCUGUUUUCACUAAGGUACAAAGCACAAUGCUACACUAAAUCUUUGCUGCAAGGUGUCAUGGUUUCAAUGAGAGGUAAUUACUGUAUGGCUUUCUUCUGCCAAACAGAUGAAGAGGAAACUAAAGGAUGCAAAGAAACUCUGUGGGUGUGCUGAAGAAUAGCUAGCUUUGAAUACUGACUGCAGAAUUAAGGCUUUGGGUGGGCUUAGUUUGUUACCUCUCAAAAGGCAGUUGGAAUCAAAGUCCAGGAAAAAAGACUUCAGUUGCUCAAUAGAAGAGCAGCCAUAAGACAUGGAGCAAUAAGACUCUUCUAAAUUACUAGAAGGAUAAGGAGAAAUAUGAUUUACUGUUGUCUUGCCUAUGUGAAACUUAAUGUAAAUACACAUACAUGCAAGAUAAUACAUACAGCGUUUAGCUUCGGACUAGUGACCCACAUAUGAAGUAGGUUUUGCAUCAGUUUGAGCUAAAACCAGUAUUUUUGAAGCACCAACAUGGUGCUUCAGCAUAUUGUUUUGGAAAGCAAGCUGUUGGUCUGGGCUUGAUUUGAGGUGUGGUAAUUUAAAAACUGCUUUUCCUGUAAAAAUGGGGAUAGUGAUGCCAUAUUACAAAGGUGGCAUGAGGCCAUGGGGUGGGUUACACAGGUGCUAAACAGUUCAAGAUUGAAGAUAGGGCUUGAUGCUCUAACCCUCAGGAGCAAUAGUGAAGAUGAACGGCUCAGGCAUUUUGGUCUCAUUAUCUUCUGGUACAUAAAAUCUUCAGCAUCUAAGGGUAAGUUGCAAAGUGUAAAAAGGGGGAAAAGAAGAAAGAUUAACCAUUCAUUAACACAGUUGUAUAAUCCUUCCCUCCCUUUCCUUGGGAAUGCUUGAAUUCCACUCCCACACUGUAUCCUCAAAAUACUCUCAUUGUUUUAAUUUAGUUCUGGACUGGUACUAACAAUAGUGCAAACAUUGCUCCAUAGGCACAGAUGGAGUUUCCAUAUGUUGAGAGAAACAUUAGAAGCAUUAACAUAGGAGAUAUCCUGCACCCCGCCCCCUCAGUACAGACAGCUUACAGGAAGAAAAUAGGUAAUAUUCAAGGCAAAUGUAUGUAGUGCAUACUACAUAAGCGUGAAAAUUAUAAAACUUUCCUGAAUCACAGUGUGCAGUAGGAGAAUUUGCAGCAAGAAUAAUUUGCAGCAGCAUGAAUAAUUUGCAGCAAGACUUCCUAUUCUGCAGGACCUGAUCAUGCAGUACCUGAUAACUUCUUGGAUAUGGGUGAAAUCCUCAGGUCCCUUAUAUAGGCCCUUGAGUCUCUGCCAUAGCAUUUAAUAUUCAUCUUCUGAUGAGCUUCAACGUGGGCAGGAUUUACUGCACACUGACCAGUGAGGAUGAAACAUGCUCCCUUUGGAACUGCUUAUGAAGUAAAAGGGUAGCUGGUGUAAGGGAAGGAACAGCCAUUGUGCUGGGCAGGUCAGCCCGUCUCCGGUUAAACUUUCAUGAAUAGAUCAAAAAGUUGAGAGGUUAAAGACUGAAUCUUGCAUUGUUUAUUGAACACUUACUUUCACAGCUCUUGAACGUAUUUGUAGCACAUGCCCCACCUAACAGCUGAAGGAAGCUGUUCUUUCUGCUGCAGAAUACUUCCCUUUCCUGUGUGACUUUUCCUCUCCCAAUUCUGUUUCCACAGCAAUCAGGACUUUAUGAAUACAAAAUCUUUGGUGGUCUUGCUGACUGUCCACCAGAACUGUGUGCAGAUGUCUAUAUGGAUUUAGAUUUUAGAAAACAAUGGGAUCAGUACGUUAAAGAACUGUAUGAGAAAACUUACGAUGGUGAAAAAAUAAUCUACUGGGAAGUGAAGUACCCUUUUCCUCUCUCAAACAGAGAUUAUGUCUAUAUUCGUGAAUGUCGAGUGAUGGAUGUUGAUGGGCGGAAGAUCUGGGUUGUGUUAGCUCAAAGUGUGUCUGUUCCUCAGUGCCCAGAAAAGCCUGGUAUUAUCAGAGUUAAAAGCUAUAAACAAAGUCUCGCAAUUGAAAGUGAUGGCAAGACUGGAUCUAAAGUCUAUAUGUACUAUUUUGAUAAUCCUGGUGGCAUGAUUCCAUCGUGGCUGGUCAACUGGGCUGCCAAGAGUGGUGUGCCUACUUUCUUGAAGGACAUGCAAAAAGCUUGCCAUAAUUAUUCCAAGAGCACAUAGGCCACAUCAAGUUGAUCUGAUUUCUAGAGUUAUGCACUUUCAGGAAUGGCUAUCAUACAACGCACUGGAUAAAAUCUACCUCUAACUGGAAAUAAUUUUAUUUUACUUGGCUUAUGCCUUGAAUUUUAUUAGGCCUUUGUUUCCAUCUUGAACUGAAGAGCUAGCUAUCGACAAGAUAAUAGCAAAUUCAGCUGCCUCCUUUUUGAAGUACUUAGUUUUUGUCUUGACGCCAUGCUUUAUGCUGAUUGUCAGUAGGUCAGCUAGAGGAAUUAUGUUUGUAAAAUAACAGACAAGAGACACCAAUGACCUUGCUAGGAAAAAAUGUCUCAACUUGUCCUGAGAAUUCUGUGCAUGUUAUGCCUGGAUCUGCCUGUGUGGCCUUGCAGGGUGGCUUCCUACUGAAAGCAGGUAAUGGAACUUGCAUGUCUGUGUGGAAACACUUCUGUUGCCGGGAUUGGUCAUUCUUAAAUUGCCUGCCUGCCUGCCAUAAACCUAAAAUGUACUGAGGGUAUAUAGGUAAAUUACUAGAAGCCUGCAGUAGGAACUGGAACUCAUUAUGUAAGUCUAGAUAUAAAAGGAUAUGUGCCUAAAGCCUUGCAUUGGCAUCUCAAUGUCCUUGCAUUAAAGGUAUGAAGCAUUAGCUAUGUCCAGCUAGCAAGAAGGAAGAUGGAGUUACCUUCCAUGUCUGAUUUAAUGGAAACAAGUUAUAUCUUCAAACUCAGUAACCUCACCUAUAAGGCAGCUUAGAUACAACAUUUAAAUUGGAAGUAUUUCUAAGCUGGAUGCCUGCAACUAAUUUAGACUUCUUUGUUACACUCACUUGUGAAUGAACUUGAUGUGAAUCUUGGGGUUGCUUAUGUUUUUAAACUUCAUGCUGAUGUAAAGAAUGGAACUGUAUUUCUUGGCUGAUAAUCUACCGAAAGCACAGCUGAGCAGGAAAUUAAAUUUAUAGCACCUUUGGGUGGAGAAUAGAGCAGACCAAGGGUGAAAAGGCCUCAAUCUCAGGGAUUUAAAAUAUUCUGCAUCUUUGCUAAAUCUAAUUCUGCUGCUUCUUGUAACUGGGUAGCUUUAUCUUCUUAAAAAAAAAGAAAUGGUUGAAGUGACUGCCUUUAUAUGUUGUGUAAUUAAUUAUUUGUUUAAAUUAAAUCAUUAUUCUGUCCAUAAAAUGCAGUGCUUUUGUUCCAUCUCUCAUGUUUAAGGCUGGCCAUGCUGGGCAGGUCACAAAUAUGACUGGCUGACAUCAUAUGCUGCUUUAUUUUUAAAGCCUUUUGGAAAAAUAACUUGGAUUCACGAGAAUUAAGUAGAGUCCUCUGUGUACUGAGGAUGUUGCUGCCUGCAGUUCAUCCAUUUUUCCAAAUAUCUUGGCCUUGUAGACCAUUCCUGAAUCAAAUACUGUGGUGUUAGACCACUCUCAAUCCACUUUUAGCUUAGCUGUUAAUCAAAUUUCUUCUAGUAGGUGAAGAGCACAAACAGCUAGAGAAAAUUCUGAAGACGCAUUUUCCUUAUUUUUCCAUAACUUUUGCACUUACUGCAGCUGGAUCCAAAUUGGUACUUGUCUAUAUACCUAAAACAAAUUACAAUUCUGUCAUAACAAGAGAAUGAAUGAUGGUGUUUUAUUUGAGUAUAUCAAACUUCAAAUUUUGGCAGUGUUUCCAAGAAUUUGUGUGUGUGUGUGUGUGUUGGUUUUGAUGAUUCAUUUUUAGGAGCGUGCUAGGUAUUUAGGAGUUCAAAUGCCAUAAGCCUUCAGAGGAAUACCAAAAUUACUUUUAAAUAAUAGAAUGGAUACAAGUUAUGUCCUGGAGCAAAGGAGGAACAGGUCGAUUGUUCCAAAGGAAGACAGAAAAGCAAAACAAUCUAUUCUCAGCCUGAAAUAACAGAAUUGGAAAAGUGAGCUAACUGAGGAAGAGUCAUCCUGGAACACUGAUGCAAACUAAUGGAUUUUUGUAAUACAAAUCUGCCUUAACCGCAAGAGUUGCAACAAGAAAUGUGUAGGUAGCAAGCUGGGCAUGUGCACAGAGAUGAAUCGCCUACAGGUAUGAGGUUGUUGGGUUUUUUUUUUUUUUCCCCUCCAUCCAUUCCAUCAUUUUGUUUGAUGUUUAAUAAAAGCAACCUUACAUGAGAAGGAGUGAAAGUAUUUUGAUUCAUAAAUUCAUGACUGCACCUUUGUCAUUCUUCUAGAAAUUUGUCAUCAACACCUGGUAUACAUUUGUUUGCAGUGUGCUGAAAUGCUUAGACUAAGCACUCUAAAGAGGCUAAACUGCACCAUUGUUAAUCUUGCUGAAAACAGAAUUUCCUAGAGACCUUGCACUAACAGUGUAUAGUAAUACGUGGUAUUUGCUCCUGUAUCCUUAUUAAAAGCUAUUGCACAGGCAGUUUCUUUUGCUGUACUCAACUUUCCAAGUUAAAGGUCACACUUGAUCGAACAGUAGCUAUUGAAAGCAGAUUUCUUUUCCUCUUUUUCACAAGCAACUAACCAAUGAUAUGAGAUGAAUGCAACAUCAGAUCUUCUGUUAAGUUUGUGUCUCCGUUGGCUUUCAUAGUGACAUAAAUAUGCAGUGAUGUUAUUUCAUUUCACUUUAAGUAUGAACUACCAUAUCUAUCUUGUAUUUUGUGGCUUUGCAUCUGGUGGCUUCUUGUCUAAAUCAGUUUAUAACCAGAAAAAAAUGUUUGUAUUGUUCAGUCUUGGAUGCAAAAGUUACUCAUAAA